AUGCCGUUCUCUCAUCACAGCCAUUCGGGCCAGUUCUGCCCCGGCCAUGCCAAAGACCAGCUCGAGGAGACCAUCCAGACGGCCAUCGGACAGGAGAUGCGAGUCUUCUGCCUGUCCGAACACAUGCCGCGCGAGAAGAUAGACUUCUACCCGGAGGAGACCUUCACCGAGGAAGAAUGCUUCGAGAACGAGGCGGCGUACUUCCAGGAAGCGCUAAGGCUGCGCGACAAGUUCAAGCAGGCCAUCAACAUCCCAAUUGGCUUCGAGACGGACUGGAUCCGGCCGUCGUCGCUCUCGCUGAUCGAGCGGUCGCUGGCGAGGUUCCCGUUCGACUUCUUCGUUGGCUCGGUGCACCAUGUUCACACGAUUCCGGUGGACUACGACGGGCCUACGUACCGCCAGGCGCGCGAGCUGUCUGGCGGGACGGACGAGCAGCUGUUUGAGGCCUACUUCGACGACCAGCUGGCGAUGCUGCAGGCGCUCAAGCCGCCGGUCGUCGGCCACAUGGACCUGAUACGGCUGAAGAGCGACGAGCCAGACGGCAGCUUUACCCGGUGGCCAAACGUCUGGCAGAAGAUACUGCGGAACCUCGACUUCAUUGCUGGCUACGGCGGCCUGCUCGAAUUGAACUCGGCCAGUCUGCGUAAGGGGAUGAGCGAGCCGUACCCCAAGGCUGAGAUAUGCAGGGAGUUCAUCGCGAGAAAGGGACGCUUCUGCCUUUCCGAUGAUAGUCACGGCGUGGAGCAGGUAGGCCUGAACUACAAUCGUGUGCUGGCCUUCCUGCGCUCCACUGGUAUCUCUACAUUACACUAUCUGAGAUACGACCCCGAUGAUUCGUGUGCAGAGACCCCGGACAGUCGGUUUCCCCAUACCAGGCUACACAGCCUCAGUGUGGAGGACCUGGAGCAAGAGAACUUCUGGAAACAUGCCACCUGUUAA